CCCUCGGCGGCUGCCGCGCGGUGCUCCCGGCGCACUCGGAGCCCGGCGGGGACUGGGAGGCAGAGGCGGGUGGCCCUGGGUCCGAGUGCCGGAGCCCAGCGGGGCCCGGGGGCCGAAGUUUGCCGGCGGCUCCGGGAGGCGGCGCGGGCGGCUUGCAGCCCCUGGUCGCGUCCUCGCCGGGACCCGCCGGCAGCCGGGGGACCCGAGCUGCGGCCCGGCCAACUCUGCGGCGGGGACGCCGUGCCGCGAACUUGAGGCCCUAGAGGGAUGUGAAGGCCCAAAAUGACCCUCUUACCGGGAGACAAUUCUGAUUACGACUACAGCGCGCUGAGCUGCGCCUCCGACGCCUCCUUCCACCCGGCCUUCUUCCCCCAGAGCCAGUCACUCAAGGGCGUCUUCUACCGCCGGGCCCAGCGGCUGCGGCCGCAGGACGAGCCCCGCCAGGGCGGCCAGCCCGAGGACCGCAGGCGCCAGAUCAUCAUCAACGUGGGCGGCAUCAAGUACUCGCUGCCCUGGACCACGCUGGAGGAGUUCCCGCUGACGCGGCUGGGCCAGCUCAAGGCCUGCACCAACUUCGACGACAUCCUCAACGUGUGCGAUGACUACGACGUCACCUGCAACGAGUUCUUCUUCGACCGCAACCCGGGGGCCUUCGGCACCAUCCUGACCUUCCUGCGGGCGGGCAAGCUGCGGCUGCUGCGCGAGAUGUGCGCCCUGUCCUUCCAGGAGGAGCUGCUCUACUGGGGCAUCGCCGAGGACCACCUGGACGGCUGCUGCAAGCGCCGCUACCUGCAGAAGAUCGAGGAGUUCGCCGAGAUGGUGGAGCGGGAGGACGAGGACGACCCGCUGGACAGCGAGGACCGCGACAGCGAGGGCCCGGCCGAGGGCGAGGGCCGCCUGGGCCGCUGCAUGCGGAGGCUGCGCGACAUGGUGGAGAGGCCGCACUCGGGGCUGCCCGGCAAGGUGUUCGCCUGCCUGUCGGUGCUCUUCGUCACUGUCACCGCCGUCAACCUCUCCAUCAGCACCUUGCCCAGCCUGAGGGAGGAGGAGGAGCAGGGCCAGUGCUCCCAGAUGUGCCACAACAUCUUCGUGGUGGAGUCGGUGUGCGUGGGCUGGUUCUCCCUCGAGUUCCUCCUGCGCUUCAUCCAGGCGCCCAGCAAGUUCGCCUUCCUGCGGAGCCCGCUGACGCUGAUCGACCUGGUGGCCAUCCUGCCCUACUACAUCACGCUGCUGGUGGACGGCGCGGCCGCGGGCCGCCGCAAGCCCAGCACGGGCAACAGCUACCUGGACAAGGUGGGACUGGUGCUGCGGGUCCUGCGGGCGCUGCGCAUCCUGUACGUCAUGCGUCUGGCCCGCCACUCCCUGGGGCUGCAGACGCUGGGGCUCACGGCCCGCCGCUGCACCCGCGAGUUCGGGCUCCUGCUGCUCUUCCUCUGCGUGGCCAUCGCCCUCUUUGCCCCCCUCCUCUACGUCAUCGAGAACGAGAUGGCCGAUAGCCCCGAGUUCACCAGCAUCCCUGCCUGCUACUGGUGGGCCGUCAUCACCAUGACAACCGUGGGCUAUGGAGACAUGGUACCCAGGAGCACGCCCGGCCAGGUGGUGGCGCUCAGCAGCAUCCUGAGCGGCAUCCUCCUCAUGGCCUUCCCGGUGACCUCCAUCUUCCACACCUUCUCCCGCUCCUACCUGGAGCUCAAGCAGGAGCAGGAGAGGCUGAUGUUCCGCAGGACCCAGUUCCUCCUCAAAACCAAGUCGCCGCUGAGCAGCAUGUCCCACGACAGUGACAUCUUGUUUGGAAGUGCCUCCUCGGACACCAGAGACAACAACUGAGCCCAGAGGACGCACCCCCGCCGUCGCCAGCACCGGGUCGGCCCCAGCCUCGCCCGCCCCCUGCGGCCGGCCGGACGCUCUCGCCAUCACUACAGAAGCCUUCAGAGGCGUGUGGAAGGUCGGUCCUGGCCUAGGACGGACCAAGCCACACCCCAGAGGGGCUGUCCCGGCAUCCUCGGGGGGUCCUCUGUGUCCAGAAGUGAAGCCCAGCACACGGGCCCCGCCCCGCCCCAGCCCCCAGGCCGCUUUCCCCCAGUCAGGAGCUGGCGUCUUCUCUCCACCGUGUAAAUAGCAUGCCCAGCAAAGACCUGCUUUAUGGGGCUGCCUAGAGAAAAAAAUACAAACACUAGCAGCUACCUGUCUGUCUUUAGUGUGGAUCAUGUGCCAUUAAAGAAAACCAGUGAAAAAGAGAGGAAAAGCCUUCCAUGGGGCUCUCUGAGGAGAGGAAACUGCGCUUCCCAGCCAGGCCGGCUGGCGUGGGUACCAGAAGCAAAAGGGCCCAUUUCCUUGGCUCCUUCAUGCCUCGUGGGCCCCGUGGGACUGGAGGAAAAGAGGGCGGAUACCUUUGCAGAAAUCGCUGGAAAAUGCUGCGGCUCCUUGCUUCUCUUUCUCCCUGAGUCCUCCAACCUCCAGCCCUCUCUUUCCCCCCUUUCCUUCUCACCCGUUCUCUGUUCUCUUUUGCAUCUGUUUCUCCAACUUUUCCCCCAGGGUACCCCUAGCAGCCCAGGGGACACCAAGUCAGCAUGGCUGACUUCAAAGGUGAAAUGGCCUCACGUUAUCUUUUUCAAAAACCGUGUGAAUUUUUUACUCUGCGCCACAUUUAUUUUAAUCUUUGAAAAGAAAAAUGCUUUAAGCCAUUUACCUGAACCUAAAUGGAAACCUAGGCGUUCCCGGCGUGGCUCAGGGGAAACGGAACUGACUAGCAUCCAUAAGGAU